UUGUAAUUUUUAAGUUGAAAUGAAGGUUUUGAGCAAGGCAUUGGUUCGAUUUCGAGUUCUUCAUUGGAUUCGAAAGGGGUGGAUUAUAAAAUUGAUUAGUAGUACUCUCCCUUCUUUUUUAACAUAAUAUGGUAGAUUUUCGUUUAAAAAGACAGAUUAACUGCUCUUUCAGUACAUUGCCAUGCCUCUUUUAAGAGCAAUAACACCACUAACACAUAAUCUUCAAAAGAGAUCCUUAGAAAUUAGUCUGAAUCACUCACUUUGAAAUGCUUUUGAUGAUUUCUAGUUAUGAUUCUGCAGAUGUAUUCCAUACAGAUAUAAAGGUACACAUGGGACAUCUGUAGUGGAUGAGGAUGCAAUUGAAGUUCUUGUUAUUACUUCCCAAAGAAAAGGGAAAGGGAUGUUGUUCCCAAAGGGAGGUUGGGAGAAAGAUGAAUCCAUUAUAGAAGCGGUUUUGCGCGAAACAUUGGAGGAGGCUGGGGUAAUAGGUGAAGUCGAAUGUGAAUUAGGUAAAUGGAAUUUCAAGGGCAAAAACAAUGACAUGUGUUAUGAAGGAUACAUGUUCUCGUUACUUGUCAAAGAGGAACUAGAUUUUUGGCCAGAGAAGGACGUCCGUCAAAGAAAAUGGGUGAGUGUUCAAGAAGCUAGGAAAGUUUGCCAGUAUUGGUGGAUGAAGGAAGCCUUAGAAUUAUUCGUGAAUCACAUAACAUCACAAGUUACUAGCCGUGAAACGGAGUGCUGUUCACUAAGCCAGGGGACAAAAUCUAAUUUAUAGUGAACUUUUUAAGAUUGUCUGAACAGAAUGCCAUCGGGUGCUAAAAAGGCAAGGUGACAGCCACUUCAACUCAAAGAAAAUGAGAACCGGAAUUAGGUAUAUGAAUCUUGUUGCAUUCUAUCGGAAUUGUUAGUUUUGUACAGACUAGGUUGAUCUGAAAUCUACUAAUAGUUGUUUCAGAACUGUAAACAAUGAUUGUAAGACCUAGUUCGUUAAUCAAUGUUAUCUGUGUGUUUCAUUC